AUGAUGUUUGUUAUCGUUCCUAGCGAAGAAAGGCUAGUUUCAGCCUGGCAGACCAGCUGCCUAUGGCCCUUCGAGCGCCAAAAGCGCGCGCAGGACUCGAGGAGCCGCGAGAAACCGCUGCCGAGCUGCUGCGUCUACAAAGCAAUGCGGAAUCUGGAUCCGGAUUUGAAUCCAGGUCGGCCUGAGGUCGCACUGGCUGUGAGCCGCUUCCUAUCGGAUAUCAUGUAUUCGAGUCGGCUCGCGAAAGCUGGGAUUUUCAGCUGGUGGGGGCUGGUGAUGGGUGAUGGGCCUGAGCCGGUUGAUCGCUCUGCUAGGUGUGUUCGUGGAGAUGGCAGUGGGCGGGAGGAAAGGUCAGGUCUUGACGGAUGCAUGAUGUUUGACGAUGCGUUGAUGGGUCUGGAGGGCUUGAUUACUGUUCUGCAAGAUGGUAAUCAGGAGUUUGCAAUGAAGGAAGAAUUUUCGCGUGCGUACAAAAUAUUGCAGGUCGUAGCACCUCACCAGAGCAGAAACCAGCGCAAGAAAAAGGCGCUGGCGGAGACGAAAAGCCAGUUCAGCAAAAUUGCCGAUGAGAACCGCGUGCUGCUCAAGCAGCUGGAGGACAACCAGCGGGAGAACUACCAGCUCAUUCCUGAGCACCUCCGUCGAGAGUUGCUCGCCAAGACGGAGAAGAUCGCUGCAUUGGAAGCGGACCUAGUCAAGUUGGCCCAAGACAAGGAUGCGGAGAUGCUGGCUUUUAAGGAGGCCUCUGACAAGGAGAAGGCCAAGAUUCGGGCGGACGGGGAGGCGCGGGCGAAGGAGCUUCAGGCGACCAUUGACUCGUUGCAGGUAGAGUACUAUUUUGAGCUCAACACGCGGAUGAGAAAGGAGUACGAGCAGCGGUUGGAGGAGCUCAAGAAGAGCGCGGAGGAGGAGGUGGACGAGCGGCUGGACGCCUCGGUGAAGCGCAUCCUGGCGCAGAACCGAAGAAUGGCGGAGGAGUUAAAAAUACACGUGCAGGUUGGGCCGCGUGUCGUGUGCCGUGUGUGUACGGUGAUGUGUAUUGCGACGCGCACGGUGUACGGCGGGUGCGGUGUUCGGCACGUGGCGUGUGGUAUGUGGCACUUAGGGCAUGGCUUCUGCGGUGUGUGUGUAUGGUGUGGUGUGGUGUGGGAGGUCGGUCUGAAGACGGACAUCGAGGCGGGGUACGCGCAACGCGGCGCCAGGCAGGCCGCGGCGCUGAAGGAGGCUCAGUUGCGGAUCAGCGCCUUGGAGAGCAGCUUGCAGCAGGUGGUGCAGGACUUUGACCGAGAGCGCCAGGCGAGCGGCAAGGCCGCGGCGGCUGCAUUGGCGGAUGUGCAGGCGGAGGCGGAGGCCCUCAGGCGGCUUGUGAAGCUGAAGACGCGCGAGCUGAAGAACGUUAGGAGGCUGGCGCAGGAGGUGUUGCUGCAGCGCAGUGACGUGGAGGCCUUCCUGCUGUCCAGUCUUCAUGCGGUGCGCCGCGAAAUCGAGCGAGAAAGCCUCUUCCCCCGGCAACACAACCACCAACACCAACACCAACACCAGCAGCACCAAUACCAACAACAGCAACAACAAUCACAGCACCACCAACAACAACAACCGUCGGCUUCACAUGUGGACGCGCCAGGUGGCGGUGCCGGUGGUGGCCGUGUGGGCUCAGACUUCCGAGAUCUUCCCUGGGAGGACCGGGAGCGGGUGCUGCGGCUGUUGUUUGCCAAGAUCAACAACCAGGCUCAGCAGGUGCACUUCACGGCUCUGCCGCCACACCCGCUGGUGGCGGCCGGCGGCGGCGGCGGCACGGAGAUGCUGAUGAUGGCGGCAGCGGGGGGCUAUGUGACGGACGCGGGGCCGUCGCCCUUGGUCACCCCUAGGAUUUUGGGUCUAGCGAUCUUCCAGGCCAAUCUGGUGGAGUUGAAGAGCCAGAAGAAGAGGCAGAUGAAGAAGACGAUGGAAAAGACGCAGGCGACGACGACAACGGCGGUGAUCCAAAACACACAUUAA